CGGAAGUGUCUCUACGAGCAACCGCUGCCACGAUCUGAGCUGGUCCUUACUGCUGCAGAGAGUCGAGCAGCGAAACUCCGUUUCAUUCAUUUAAAGUUGUUUACGAGUGUCAGAGUUGAGAGGAUUUUACUUAACGACGGCGGAGUUGAAGGAAAGUCACCGCCAACAUGAAUCAGUGGGUCAAUCGGAGGACCGUGACUAAGCGCCGCGCUCAGGAGCAGCAGAGGCAGGAUGACGCCCAGUUUGUGGCCAGAGACAGGCAUGUCCUGGCCGGCCUGAGGGAGGAGGAGAGCUGGGAGAGGAGGAGAGAGCUGCGGCAGGAGCAGGAGGAGUCCAGGGAGAGAGAGAUGGAGAGCGCUCUGCUCAAGGCAGAUGAGGACAGAAUAAACAGGGACAAACAACUUGAACAAGAGGAGAGAAUGGCUAAAGAGCUGGCUCGCAUCAACUUUGAAACACAACGAGAUGAGAAAAUGAGGCAGCACAUCAAAGAUAACAGUCUGGAGCUUCGAGAAUUGGAGUCGAAACUGAAGUCUGCGUAUAUGAACAAGGAGAGAGCUGCACAGAUUGCAGAACAUGAGGCCAUGAGGUGUGAGACCAUGCGCGAGGAGGCGGACUAUUCUCGCAAAAUGCGCGGCGAAAGAGAGCGAGCGGCUGUGGAGCAGCAGAGGCUGGAGCAGAAACGCCAAGAGGAGCUGUUCCAAUAUCAGAAGGAGCUCGAGCAGCAGGUCAUGGAGAGGGAGCACAGCCGACAAGAGGCCUACGAGGAGUUCCUUAAAGAGAAGCUCAUGGUGGAUGAGAUCGUCAGGAAGAUUUAUGAGGAGGAUCAGAUGGAGAGACAGCUGAAGCUGGAGAAGGUCAGAGCCACUCAGCAGCACAUUGAGGAAUUCCACAGGCAGCAGGCCGAGUGGAGACGCAUAGAGCGAGAGAGGAUGGAGGCCGAGAACAGGCGCAUCAUGGAGUUUAUGAACCAGCAGCAGCACAUGGAGGAGGACAAAAUGGCCAAGAUCAGAGAGACGGAGGAAGCCAAAGAGAAUCUUCAAAAAAUACUGACUAAGAGGAUCGAAGAGGAGAGUCAGAAGCGUGACGAGAUGGAACGAAUCCGUGAGGAACUUUGUCUAGAGGAACAAGAGGAAGCGAACAGGCAGAGAGAAGUUGAAGAAAUGGAGAAAAAAAUCAGAGAGAGGCUGACGAUGCAGCAGGCCUGCCAGGAGCAACUGGCUUUCAAAGAGAUGAAGAAGAGAGCGGAGAAAGAGGAAGAGGAGGCCUUCCGUAAGGCAAUGAUGGCUAAGUAUGCAGAGGACGAUCGGAUCGAGCAGAUGAAUGCCCAGAAAAGACGCAUGAAGCAACUUGAGCACAAACGCGAGGUGGAGAAAAUGAUAGAGGGCAAGAGACGACAGCAUCUGGCUGAUGUGGAACUGGAGGUCAAAGAAAGAGCGAUGGAGCAGGAGAGGGAGGCGCAGCGGAGACAGAUUGUUGAAGAAGAGAGAAAGAAACUUCUGAAGCGUCACGCGGUUCAACUGCUCGGAUACUUCCCUAAGGGUUUGCUCCGUGAGGAUGACCUGCAGUACUUUGAUGAGGACUUCAGAAAUACCUUCAAACCAGUAGCUUCUGAAGACAGCUGGGAUGGUGAUGCUUAAAUGUGUUUCUUUCAGUCUGCCACUAGAGGGCAGUUCAAGGCUAC